AUGGAUCCAAAUGUAUCAGAUUUAUAUGAAGAUGAAUUAACAAUAAAUUCCUAUCUUGAUGAUAAUUUCAAUGAAAAAGCUAAUAACAACAUUAAUAAUUAUGAAACAACAGAAGGCUCAAUUAUUCCUAUUCAUUCAACAGUUAACUCAAAUCUAUCUAAUUCAUCAUCAUGUUUAAGUAUAACAAAUCUACACGAGAAACGUAAACAAAGAAGAAUUCGUACAACUUUUACCAGUUUCCAGCAUCAUUACUGUUAUUACCUUAAUGUAAGACGUCAUUUAUUUGCUACAAACAACUUUUAUAGGCAAAUACAAGUUUGGUUUCAAAAUCGAAGGGCUAAAUUCCGUAAAACUGAACGUGGUAUUCAACCGGAGUCCACGGUCACAACAACAUCAGUUACAUCUUCAACAUCACUCGCAACGGCAGUAACCGUAACUGGUAGGAAUAAUCCUGAACAAAACCUAUCCACAUCAGAUGUUCAUCACUAUCUAAUGGAAACCUCACUUUGUGAUGUAAAAUCAUCUAGUGUAAUUUCAUCACUAGAUCAUUACAACUUGAGUGAUACCAUCAAGAACACUGAAGAUGAUGAUCUGUCAUACAGAAAUAGUGGAGGGGAAUUUCAUCAAUUUCCACCGUCAACUCAUCUAAACAAUGAGAAUGUAAUUCACUCAAAGAAGUCAUAUUCUGAUUGGAUUAACUCAUAUUCUCUUAAAGAAAUGGAUUCUAUCGACAAUAAUAGUGUACAUCCAUUGUAUAAACUAACUCAAACGUGUAGACAAGUUGAUAGACUGUUAACUGGUGGAACACAGGAUAUGGUUGACACUUUCACUAAGAAAAUUCCAGAAAAGCAACAAAAAUUCACAGGAAAAAAAAGUAGAAACUGUUAUUAG